UCUAUAUAACCGCGUCGCCCCACUUUCCAAUUCCCCCAAUUCGUCUUCCUCUCCGUCCCUCUUUCUCUCGAGCAGAAGAAGAAGAGGAGACUCCGGUUCUCCUCGUCCCCCAUCCAAAGCUUCCAGAGAUCGAUCUCCUGAUCUUUCUCGUUGUUGAAGGCGAAGACCUUAGAUCGUUUACAUCUUGGAUGAUUUGAUUCUCCUCCUUGUUGUUGUUGAUAUUGGAUCUGUCCUUUGUUUCGAAGCUGAAGAAGAAAGAUGGGGCUUACCUUCACGAAGCUCUUCAGCCGCCUCUUUGCGAAGAAGGAGAUGAGGAUCUUGAUGGUGGGGCUUGAUGCCGCUGGUAAGACCACCAUACUCUACAAGCUCAAGCUUGGAGAGAUCGUCACCACCAUCCCCACUAUUGGAUUUAAUGUGGAGACUGUGGAAUACAAGAAUAUUAGCUUCACUGUGUGGGAUGUUGGUGGUCAGGACAAGAUCAGACCUUUGUGGAGGCAUUACUUCCAGAACACACAGGGCCUUAUUUUUGUUGUCGACAGCAACGACAGAGAUCGUGUUGUUGAGGCAAGAGAUGAGCUUCACAGGAUGCUCAAUGAGGAUGAAUUACGGGAUGCUGUCUUGCUUGUCUUUGCAAACAAACAAGAUCUGCCAAAUGCAAUGAAUGCUGCUGAAAUAACAGAUAAGCUUGGCCUGCAUUCCCUGCGUCAGCGACACUGGUACAUUCAGAGCACCUGUGCUACAUCUGGUGAAGGUUUGUAUGAGGGGCUUGACUGGCUGUCCAACAACAUCGCUAACAAGGCUUGAAAUUUCAAGGUGCUUGCCAGAACUAGAGAAUCUUUAUUGGAACAUUCCUCCAUAGAUAACAUGAAUUCUUUUGGGAUUUUUAGAUCUUCGAAACUUCCAGCUUGUUAUUCACGUGGUUUACUCUUUUUCCUCAGUUUUCACGUUUGAAAAACUCUGUUUCAAUUAUUGAUAGAAUGUUGCACCGUCAAAUUUGUGAUUCUGUACUCUGUUUUAUCGCUCAUUAGGCCUUUGCCAUUUGUCCUCCAAUUUGAUGUCCUGAUGUUGGUUUUGCCUGUAUUUAAUUGGGCUGCAGAUGAUUCAUCCAUAAAGGUUAUUUUGAGCUUAGUA